AUGGGCUUAAGCUUUUCAAAGUUAUUCAAUGACCUCUUUGGUAAGAGGGAAAUGCGUAUUCUUAUGGUUGGUUUAGAUGCUGCUGGUAAGACCACCAUCUUGUAUAAACUCAAGUUGGGUGAAAUUGUAACGACUAUUCCUACUAUUGGUUUUAAUGUCGAAACUGUUGAAUACAAAAACAUCUCUUUCACUGUUUGGGAUGUCGGAGGACAAGACAAGAUUCGUCCUCUUUGGAGACACUACUUCCAAAACACGCAAGGUAUCAUUUUUGUGGUUGAUUCAAAUGACCGUGAUCGUAUUUCAGAGGCUCGUGACGAACUUCAACGCAUGUUGAACGAAGAUGAGCUUCGUGACGCGCUCUUGCUUGUAUUUGCAAACAAACAAGAUCUUCCUAACGCUAUGAACGCUGCUGAAAUUACUGAUAAACUUGGUCUUCACUCUCUUCGUAACAGACGCUGGUACAUCCAAACUACUUGUGCUACAAGCGGUGAUGGUCUUUACGAAGGCUUGGAGUGGUUAUCUAACAACUUGAAGAAGGCAUAA